UAGUUUUGCGGUUGGAAAUGAGGAAUUUUUCAGAAGCUUCAUGGUGACCUUUAUACGCGUUAAAAUUCAGAGCUUGCUGAGCAAUUGGAGAAAUUUAGAAUAUAAAGAAGACAGGGAAUUAGAGCAACAAGCUGUCGUUCUUCUUGAGGAUGGGCUCAAUUUUCGUUCUAUUCAGCACAAUCUAAGCCUUGCUGCUCUAACAUACUAUCGGUUCUAUAAAAAGCGUUUUGUGCAGUAUUUCAUCAAUCUUCUAAUUUUUAUUUUACUUUUGAUGAUUUUCGCGGAGGAACCGUCUAGCAUUUCUGUCACUAGUGACCCGACUUUAAAAGACGAAAAUUCUUAUGUUUACCAGUUACCUCAGAAAUUAGCUGCAGCAAUAGAGAUAGUUUUGCUGCUGCUUCUAUCGCUUGACAUGGGAAUCGAAUAUUACAUCGAACGGUCUGGAUCCGAGCGACGAAAAUAUUGGCUUCUUUUUCAUUUGCUAUUCGCAUGUUUUUCUUUCAUAGAAAUACUUGUAAAUGGGUUAACGCCAAAUUAUAAUCUGAUGUAUCGAAAAAUGCUAAGGCCCUUCUAUUUAGUCCGUAGAUCGACUUUGAUAAAGAAAAUGAUCAAAGGACUUAUCAGCUCAGUGCAGGAACUGGUAACUGUUUUGCUAAUGUUAGUUGUCACUCUAAUUGCAUUCACAAUUAUGGCGCUGAUAAUAUUCGCUGAAAAUGGAGAAAAUGACAAUGCAGUUACAGAGCAGAGCGCAAUCUUCCCUUCUUUCGUGACGGCCAUCGAAAACUUGCUCAUCCUCACGACAACUGCCAAUAAUCCUACCGUAAUGAUGCCAGGCUUCUCGCAGAACCGACUGUAUGCUUUGUUUUUUAUCUUUUACCUCCUCAUUUCAGUCAUUUUUACAAAUAUUCUCAUCUCUAUUCUUUACACUCACUUCACAACUUUCUUCCGAAAUAGUGUGGCUAGUUCUCUUCUCAGACGUAGAGUGGCUUUCAGAGCCUCGUUUAGUUGUCUGCAGCAGUUGGAGUCGAAUGUGUCCAACUUCUCGGUCAAUUCCGUCAGCGGAACUGUCUCUGAAGAUCAAAGCCCACAAGAAGGCGAAUAUUCGAAUGUGAAAGUACAUACGACAAAAAUAGAGAACUGCAUUCGAAGCUGCCAAAUAAGGGAUACACGAAGAAAAAUGAACGCGCUGAAAGCGCUUAAAAAGGACACAAACCAUUGGUACACUUAUGAGGACUUCUUGAAACUUCUAAAAACGCACCUGGAAGCUCCUAAGCCAUUCAAGCCGAAGAGUCACAUAGCCGAGACGCAGAUAAAGUUUCCAUUGGCUCUGAAAGUCCAAGUCCUCAUGAUCAACAACACUGGUGUAAUAAUAGGACAGGUCAUAUCAUUUGUGUUUUUCUUCUUCCUAACUUUAUCCGCAGCAAUUUUCACCAAUAACACCACCGGAGAUGUGACCGCAAAAAUGCGAGCUCCUAUUUUGUCCAUUAAUGUAACUCUGACGUUCAUUUGUAUCGCCUAUUCUGGACUUCUAGUUUGGGCAUUUGGAGCCAAAAGGUUCAUGGAGAGUCCGAACCGAGUGUUUGAUAUACUGUCAACUGUUGCCAUCAGUGGUUUUGUCGUCGGCGCUUUUGUGGAGGCAAUUCGAGACGACUGGCACAUCAACUUUCCGGACAAACUGAGGACUGUGGCUGUUCUCUUCAAGUUCGCCUUGAACAUGUUCCACGUGAAACAGGUGCGUGUGGUGAUCGAGACUCUCUACGAUCUCUUCACUAACCUCAUCCCCUUCGCGGCUAUCAUGGCCAGUGCAUACUAUGUGUUCGCAGUCAUGGGCAUGAUACUCUUCCAGGACGAAAUAGGGGGAGAGAAGUUUGCAGAGGAGUUUCAGUUGAUCAACCUGACGUUUCCAAGAGUAGAGCCUCCUUGUGGAACGUACGAACAGCUUCAGUAUUGGGCGAACAAUUUUAACGACUUCUACGCGGCGUGUGUAGUACUGUGGGAUGUCAUGAUUGUGAAUAACUGGAACGUCUUUUUGGAUGCAUUCAGUCGCUAUAGUGGAACGAACUACGCCAAAGUCUACUUCAUAUUCUGGUGGCUAAUAAGUAAUGUUAUUCUGUUCAACACGCUCACAGCUCUAACUAUUGACAGUAUGUUAUUCCGUCUAAAACUAAGUCAGAAAGAACACACGGAAGAUACGCGACAGCAGGAGCUUAGGCGUCACUCCGUUAUACCUCCCGAAAUGAUCAACCAACUGAGUCCAGUCGCCCAGCGAAUGUAUGCCGACUACGCGAGGACGAAUAAAUACGAGACGCUCUACGACUUGUACCGAGAGUCGGGCGAGCUCGAGGAACCGACUUUGGAAGAGGUCAAUGCCCAGCUGAGAGCUCAUAAAGGGAAGGAUUUUCAGUGCCUGGAGCAACCGCCUCCACCUCCUGAGGACCAUGGGCGACCCCGUUUGCCGACGUCCAAUUUCUACCUGACUUUACCCGGCCAAGCCAGUGUCAGCACUUCGACUUCAGAAUUUCUCUGAUGAUGUCAAAAAGUGUCAUAGUUCUACAUAUCUAUUGGAGUGUAUUCUGUUCAGAAUUUUUUUUAGCGUUUUAUCGGAAUUGUGUGACUUGAGCCAAGUGUGGAUCAACUACUACAUCGCUUUCGAAUGGAAGUCAAAUUGGCUCCCAAUGAUUAUAGAUGGCUUUUGAAGGGUUUUCAAAAAUAUAUAGGGUACCUUUUAGCGUGCCUUUAAAUGUCUUAGAUCGGGUUUUUUCACUGGUUGUCAAUUGGCAUUAUUCGAUUAUCAUGCAGUAACAGGAGAAUAAACUCUUUUCUGUAUUAUCUGAUUUAUUAUUUAUUGAUAGCUUUUAUCUGUAAAUACGGUCCAGAUUUAUUUUAGUUGAGAAUCAAACUGAACACCUUGAGGUCAUUUGAGGAUCAUUUCAAAGUAUUAAAACUUAUGGCAAACUCAAUUUAAGGUGCUAACAAAGUCAAAUCUAAAUGUAGCUAGAAAUUUUUACUAAAGGCAAGUCGGCCAUCUUUUCAAUAAUAUUUUACUCUUAGAUUAGAAAUUAUUAAUCCUUGCUCGAGUUCAUUUUUGCUCCCACAUGAUUUUUUUUUCA